CGCCGCAGCUCUCACUGGCUGCUGCGUUUGGUUUUACAAAAACAUUCACUCGAGAAAAAUGGCCGACAAGGAGCCUAUCUCUAAAGGAGUACACAGACGAGGAGCUUUACGUCAAAAAAAUGUGCACGAAGUAAAAAAUCAUAAAUUCUUAGCUCGUUUUUUCAAGCAACCAACUUUCUGUAGUCAUUGUAAGGAUUUUAUUUGGGGAUUUGGCAAACAGGGAUUUCAAUGUCAAGUUUGCAGUUUAGUUGUACACAAGCGUUGCCAUGAAUUCGUGUCCUUCAUCUGUCCGGGUGCUGACAAUGGUCCAGACUCAGAUGCUACAAACCUACACAAGUUUAAGCUCCACACUUAUGGGAGUCCUACAUUCUGUGAUCACUGUGGCUCAUUGCUAUAUGGCCUUCUACAUCAGGGACUCAAGUGUGACUCCUGUGACAUGAAUGUUCACAAACGCUGUGAGAAGAAUGUCCCACUUCUCUGUGGUACUGAUCAUACUGAAAGACGUGGUCGAAUCCACUUGAAAGCUGUUGUGAAAGGUUCAAAGGUACAGAUAGAAAUCAUAGAGGCCAGAAAUUUAUGUCCAAUGGAUCCCAAUGGAUUAGCUGACCCUUAUGUGAAGGUGAAAGUCAUACCGUAUGAUACCCAGCGCCCCAAGUUAAAAACAAAAACCAUCAAGGCAUGCUUGAACCCUGUGUGGAAUGAGAGUUUUCUGGUGGAUGUUGGACCAGAUGACCAUGCUAAAAGAUUGUCUCUAGAAGUUUGGGACUGGGAUAGGACAUCAAGAAAUGAUUUCAUGGGAUCUCUUUCAUUUGGUAUUUCAGAAUUGAUAAAAGCCCCAAUAGAUGGCUGGUUCAAAUUGCUCAACCAAGAGGAGGGAGAGUUCUAUGGUGUUCCUGUUAGUGAUGACAUCACUGAAGACAUUCAAGAAAUCAAAAGUAAAAUGCAUAGGUCAAGUAUUAGUGAAAGAAAGUACCCUGAGCCAGACAAAUUACAGAGUAUCAGCAAGCAGGAUAUAGUCAGAGCCAGUGACUUCAACUUUUUAACUGUACUGGGCAAAGGGAGUUUUGGGAAAGUUGUCCUGGCAGAGAGGAAAGGUACAGAUGAGCUUUAUGCAAUAAAGAUCUUAAAGAAAGAUGUCAUUAUACAAGAUGAUGAUGUGGAAUGUACAAUGAUAGAGAAACGUGUUCUAGCACUUCCUGUUAAGCCUCCAUUCCUUGUUCAAUUGCACUCAUGCUUCCAAACUAUGGAUCGCUUGUAUUUUGUAAUGGAGUAUGUAAAUGGUGGAGACCUUAUGUACAGAAUACAACAAGAAGGAAAAUUUAAAGAACCAGUAGCUGCAUUUUACGCAGCAGAAAUAGCCAUAGGAUUAUUUUAUCUUCAUAGUCAGGGUAUUGUGUAUAGAGAUCUCAAGUUAGAUAAUGUCAUGCUGGAUGCUGAAGGCCACAUUAAAAUAGCUGACUUUGGUAUGUGUAAAGAGAACAUACUCGGGGACAAAACCACAAGGACGUUUUGUGGGACACCUGACUAUAUUGCUCCUGAGAUUGUCUUGUACCAACCUUAUGGUAAAUCUGUCGACUGGUGGGCCUAUGGUGUAUUAUUAUAUGAAAUGUUAGCAGGCCAGCCCCCAUUUGAUGGAGAGGAUGAAGAAGAAUUGUUUACAUCCAUCACAGAUCACAAUGUGUCUUACCCUAAAGCAUUGUCUCGGGAAGCUGUCUCUUUAUGUAAAGGAUUAUUGACCAAAACGCCUACAAAAAGAUUAGGCUGUGGUCCUACAGGUGAGCGAGACAUCAAGGACCAUGCCUUUUUCAGAAGGAUAGUGUGGGAAAAAAUAGAACAGCGAGAAGUGCAACCUCCAUACAAACCUAAAAUUUCUGACAGGAGGAAAGCUGAGAACUUUGACAAGCUGUUCACCAAGAUUCCAAUGAAGAUGACCCCCAUCGACAAGAUGCUGCUGAGAAACAUUGAUGAGACAGUGUUCCAAGGCUUCACCUACACUAACCCUUACUUCCAGAAGGAGCAGGAGACGACCUCACUAAAAGUCGUAAAGAUGUCAGCAACUUUGAUAGAGAGUUCACCUCAGAAGCUCCCAAACUGACCCCCACGGAUAAACUGUUCAUCAUGAAUCUAGACCAGUGUGAAUUUUCAGGCUUUUCUUAUGUCAACCCAGAGUUUGUAGUCACAGUCUAGUUUUUCAUUUAGAGACAAUAUGUGUAACUUAAAAUAUCUAUUUAUAAACAUAAAUGAUAUAAAGAUAUUUUUAACAACAUCCAUUGGCUUUAGUUUUGGAUACACAGGAUUAAUGAGCCUUAUACAAAUAUUGCAUAUAUAUUAUUUACAAGUGGGCCUAUGGUCUUUAAUAAAUAUGGUUUUGAAAAAAAUACAGCUAAAAGUAAUUUUCAUUAAAGACUUCUGCAAAUAUUCUAAUUUAAAAAUAGAAAGAAAAAACAACAUAAAAAUAAAACCUUUUCUCUCCUAGUCUAAGAAGAGCACUCAUGGUGUAAAUACACAAAAAUAAUGAAUUGACUUUUAUUGAAAAGCUUAAUACUUUCUUGGAAGUUGGGCCUAUAGUGUAGCUUCAAUUGCAUUAGCUUUUAACCAAAAGUGAAACAGCUUCAUUUAAUAGUAAUAUGUAAACCAUUUUUUGAUGCCAGUUAUUAUCUUCUGAAAUAUACACUUCAGUCUGCAUUAGGUCAGAACAAGAGUCUUGACAUUUCACUGUAGAAAUGUUCUGUACAUACUACCUUCUUUGAAUACUUUUUCAAUUGGUCUCUUUGUUUUUCAUUCAUUCAUCUGGUCUCAUUAUAAUCCUGCAAAACUUUCUCAAUUGUUGAUGUUUUGUAUUCAUUAACCCAUCUGUUUAUACAACAAAUAAUUAUUCUGAUAUUUUGAAACAAAUUUUAACGACUGUUUGCUGAUUGCUUUUCCUUUCUGUUGGGCUUUUUUAAAAUUGUUUUUUGUUUUAUUGUAUUAGCUGAUGUCAUGUUCAAUAUUAUAAGUGCAUUUUUUUUUUAAAAAGGGGGGGGGGGGGCAAGUCAAUUUUUCAGUAUUAAUAGUUUGAAAAAAAAAAUCUGAAGUAAAAGUAAUAAAGCAGUUCUGAAAAUGAAUGUAAUAAUAUUGUUGCAAUGAAUGCUCUUCCGUCAACUGUUUUAUCUAGGACUCUGUGCCAUUAUUUUGAGUGGUUUUAUACACACAAUAUGUUAUUCAUUUCCUAGGAUCUGAACAGUUCAACAGGAUUGGAAUUAGACAUAAUGUUUUGAUAAACACUAAAUUAAUGUUUGAUAGACAUAAUGUUUUGAUAAACACUAAAUUAAUGUUUGAAAAAAAUGUCACAAGUUUUUAUAUUUGUUUCAAACAUCUUUUUGCUGCUGAAUUAAUAUGAGGACCAGAAUCAGUUGUUAGCUUGUGGUUCAUUUACCACUGUCCACAGUGCUCCUUUUGUAUUGUUCAGUUUAGAUGUCCACUCAGAGUUGACUACUUGACCCCUGCCUGUAUUUAACAAAGUAUAAGUCAUUGUGUAGGCCACAACAUGCCCUGGGAUGUAUUCUUUAAGCAAUGGUUGGCCUUAGUUCACUUUUACAUUGGUUUUUUGUUUGGGGUUUAAUUAGCUUAUUAUCAUUUUAUGAGAUCAUAAAAUGGAAUGUGCUAUUGAUUUGAUCACUACACCUCUUCAAUGUCUGAGUCUAGGUUGAGAAACCAAAAUUCUUACUAUCAGAUGUUGGUUGGUUGAAUAGCUAGAACCAAAGUAGGCCUACAGACCAAGGAACAUUUGAUUGUGUUUAUUCUAUUAAACUAAGGGUCUGAAAUUCAAAUCUGGAAGAGGCUGGGAGUUUUUUUGUUUUUUUUUUUAAAUUUGUCUCUUAAGACCACUUAAUGAGUAUCUGACAAUCCAUAUGGAAAAAUAAAGAUGCUGGUCACUUGACGUUCUAGUCAUUAGAUGACCAUAGAACUUGGUAUGUUAUGUUCCUUUGAUUUAUUUGCAAGGAAAAACUAUAUUCCUCUUUUACAACACCCUCAAUAAAACACUAAUUAGAUAUAGAUCUACUUAGCAAAACAAAGAAUUGAGGUAAGCAUAUAGAUCUACUUAGCAAAACAAACAAUUGAUAUAUGCUUAGACAUAAAUAUACUUAACAAAACAAAGAAUUGAUAUUUUUUUCAUUAGUUGGACUAUUUGAUUUGUUGUGAAUAAUUGUAUUUUCAAUUUGUGGGCUAAUGGCUUUUUAAUUAUACAAAAUUACUAUAAAUUUAUUAUUUUUAUUUUUUUUUUAAAAACACUGUUUUCUUGAAACUUUUUAAAAUCUUUCAUAUUUCUACUACAGAUUUUGUAUUCAGAUAUUACAUGCACCACACAUUUCUCUGUCUGAACUGAAUGUUUUCUACAAGUUUCCUUUGAUCCAAUAGAUUUUCAAUUGUUCCUGUUUCUAUGAGUCAAUAUUUUACAUAUAUAAUACACUCACUGUUUGAAAGAAUUCAUGGCUGUGAUUGCUGCAUACAAAAUAAAUUGUAUUUUUUUUUAUACUGUAAAUUUUGUGUUUAAUUUGCCUUCUGUCAAAGUGUUAAAAUAAUUGUUUUCAAUAAACUUAUAAUAUAUGUGAAAACAAGAGAUCUAGUACCAUAUUCAAAGUUCUUGUAAUUCUGAACACCAUUGUCAAUCAAUCACUUAGUGAUAGCUAUCUCUGACAUCUGUUGUCAUCCAAUGGUUUGAGCUGCUGACAGGACUCAGAUUAUACUAAACAAUGAGAACUCCCACAAACAAAAUGUAAUGUUGUGACUGAGAACAGACUAGUAAACAUUGCAGACAAAGACAGUACUAAAACACAAAAAUAAUCAUGUUUGAACAAUUCAUUUCUACAUUCUCUUCUUAGUCAAUGUCUACCCUAUGUAGAGUUUGAUCAUGAAGAGUGCAAAUACACUGCGUCAUCAGCCAAGUUCACAACCAAUAGAAUUGGACACUUUGCUAAAUAUCUUCCAACUGUCUAACAAAAAUAAAAAGUUGAUGUUGAAUGUGUCAAUAAAAGAAUGAUGAGCGGCUGUAACUUUAUGAAUGACAUUUGAUUUACUUGCUUUGUUGAACAUUGAUUUAGUUUAUUUCCAAUGUGUCAUGGUGGCCCUUGAAAUAGUGGUGUUAAAAAAAGCUGCAGAGUUAGUCAUUGUGAGUGAAACAUUUGCACUUGAGUCCUCAUGAAUCAAACUGUAUAUAAUUUCCCUAUCACCUUGACUUAUGAAAGUGUGUUAGUUGAAAUGAAUAAAGCUUAUUGUAGGGACAGGGUAAGGUUUAAUCUAAAAAAUUAAACAAAUGUCAUGGUCAUCUAUUCAUAAUGUUUGAUGGUUUUACUCUUUUGUUUCAAAAAUUAAGUAUGCAUAUACAACACAAAUUAAAAAGACAGUAUUACACAAAACAAUUGCUUGCGAAUGAAAAUUCAAUUCACUGUCAGCAUCCUAAAAAUAAAUGCAAUGGCUAAUUUUUAUUUUUCACUUUUAAAACAAUAUGAUAAAAUGCAGGCUAAGUUAUUAAAUAGCUGUUUGGGAGCAAGAUUAUAUGGAAAAACAAAAAAGUUGAUUAAGUUUUUUUCCUACAAAGUCUGAUCUUGACAAUAAUGGUCAUAUAUUGGUUUAAAGUUGUGAAUGGGAUCUACAUGUGAGUUUGUGUGUAACAUAAUGGAUGACUGACCCACAGGGGCCAUCAAAGAGUUUGUAUCAUCAUGUUUUUAGAAAAUGAUUUUUUAAAUAUAUAGAGACUUGUCUCAAGUCUGAAAUUUAAGGUGCAGUAUUUCCCAUGGCAUUCCUAGCUGUGAUCUAUAUAUUUUGCCACAUCUAACACAAAGUCCUUGUCAUCCUGUUGUUAAGUACUUUUUUUGUCUACGCCUGUCUUCAGCAAUAGCUUUCCCUUUUGGUCUCAAAUGUGUAUCCUUCAGCCUUUGUAAGUGAUCUCCAGACCUUUGGAAGCCACUUGCUGCCUGGUUGUUAUAAAUUAAUAUUUACAUUAUGAAUAUAGCAUAUACUACAUUAGCCUUUUUUUUAUUUUGGUGAAUCUUGACAGCUAGGCAUUAGUAUUACCUAAGUACUUGUGUACUGGACCAUCCCAGCCUCUUGAAAAAUGUGAAAAUAAUUCUUUUUGUAGCUUGACAUUUUUUAUUGCUGUGCACAGAAAUGAACACAUUUUUAAAAUUUGAUCCAACAUUUGUGUUUGAUGAAAGUUGUAUUAAGUGCCCAAUGGUAAACCAUUUUUGUGAUUUCUCACAGCACAAUGUCAUUAAUGACAUCUAGGACCAUGUCAUUGUGAUUGUAAUUUAAUGUUUUUGUCAGUCAGACUUUGUUUUUUUUAACACAUUUUUUGUUAGUAUUUUCCUCUUCCAUGUGCCAGUGUUACUCCAGUUCUCAUUGUCUUGUUCAAUUCAUUAUUAAACAUUCAGUUGGUUUUUAAA